GGUAGGAAGUCAGUGUCAGGCAGCUGUACGACAUAAGCGGAUCCGUGCCCCAAUCCCCCGUCCCCCGUCAUUUCUAAAACUUUACAACAAAACACAGCAGUCCCUUAAAAGAAGCCAGCAGCGCCGCAGUUCACCAGCGCCCACCACGAUGAAGGGGCUAGCGGCAGCAGCAGUACUAAUGAAUCAGACUGACUCAUUACAGUACGCUGCAGCCAGCUUCCCUCUCCUCCCCUCAACCACGAUCCAUCAUUCACCUGCGCAGCCCACAAGCGACAUGCCAGCUGCCGAGAGGGUCACUGAGCAGCAGGGUAGUGUCUUCCACCUGUUUCCUGGCCGCCUGAUGGUCAAUACUUGUCCUGCAGCCAGUCACAAAUUCAAGGGAGUGGGAGCUUCAAAGAUAGCAGGCGCGCUGCUGCUGCAGUCACAGUGCGCACUUUCUGGUGCCCUAGAUCUGGUGCAAUAUAUGCAUGUAAGUAUCUGCAACUGAGUUCCUUUGUGGGUUCCGCCUCCUCUCUUUAUAACCUGCAACAUCGUAGCUCUCAACUGUGUGCUCCCUCACUGUGUCUAAUGGGGCCAUGUCCAGCCAAGCCCAUUCUUUAGUGUUUGACUGGCCCAGCAUGGGGAUCAUAUCCCCAGUGGAGCCUACAACUGCUGCCCGAAAGGGUGGGGAGACCCAGCAGAUAUUGCUGUGCAGUGUUCAAUUAAAGUGGCGCCCGGCUUCCCGCCCCUCUAAAUGACGGCAAAGCCGCAGCGUGGACCUUAUAACAGAGCUGGGAUACUGAGAGAAGAUACCAGGAGCAGCGGAGCUGAUUAGAGCACAGGAACUUAAGUUACUCAAAGAAAAUCAGCAACCAUGGCUGCCACCUCAAGGCCCCAAGCUGCGGAUACAGGAGAAGCAGUUACAUUAUUUAUAAAAAUGGACUUAAGUUUUUUUUGACUAAAAUAUACACUAAAUAAUCAAAAUCUUUCAACAUAGGACCAGCCACAUUGCACGCAACUCCGCAAACUCAAAGUACACAUGUGUCUCUCCAAGGCAAAAGUAUGCCACACAAGAGGCGACGGAGUGAACCAAGUCAAACAGUUACCGCGUAUCAACAACAACAGGGCCUUUCUCUUGUGGCCCCACAGCCUCCAGAAGAGCUUUUGGCGACUCCUCCAAGACCUCGGCCACACUCUCAUCAUGUUGCUGUUACUCAAAGAAAAUCAGCAACCAUGGCUGCCACCUCAAGGCCCCAAGCUGCGGAUACAGGAGAAGCAGGACCAGCCACAUUGCACGCAACUCCACAAACUCAAAGUACACACGUGUCUCUCCAAGGCAAAAGUAUGCCACACAAGAGGCGAAGGAGUGAACCAAGUCAAACAGUUACCGCGUAUCAACAACAACAGCGCUUUUCUCUUGUGGCCCCACAGCCUCCAGAAGAACUUUUGGCAACUCCUCCAAGACCUCAGCCACACUCUCAUCAUGUUGCUGAAUCCGACAUGCCCCAGGAAACACAGCAGGACACAUUGAGUGAUGACAAUUCUGUGCAUCAACAGCAGCCUUCUUCACCAACCCGACCAAGGUCGCCCACAAUGAGGUCAUCACUGACACAGACACCACCAAUUGCUCAACUGACCACACAAACACCACAGGUGGAAAUCCGUGAAACAAAUUUCUUGACCAGGUGGUCACAUGAGCAAACCAUUGUUGGUGACUACAUCAAACGACAAACCCAAUUUCAGGCAAGUCUGCCACAUCACCUCCCACGCAUAUCAUGAAAUAGCAGCAGACUGAACCUCCAAAUGACCCGUAUUGCUAAUACCCUUGAGCAAAUAUGUGCAGACAAUGUGCUAAACAACCAUGCCAUUAUCAGAGUAAUGGAUGAACUGCUUAGACACCAACAGCAAUUCAUCAACAUCAUACAAAACAAUCUGCUUCUAAUGCAAAGUUUAUCUAGACCAAUAGAGCAAACUUCGGAUGCCAAUACUCAACUGUCCGCCAGUAUAAACAAUCUUAGCCAGAACAUUUUACCCAUUCAACAAGAAACCCAAACAGCAAGCUCCUCAACCACCACACCCAGCAUCACCCCAGUUACCUCCCCAGUACGGAGAUCCCACAGAACCCGAAGUAAUGUUGCUGGACAGGGAUCAUCUUCAUCCAAAAAGCAACAACCAAAAUGACACCUGAAACUUGCGCUAAAAAUGUUUUACUACAGAAAAUAAAUCAAUCUGGUUAAUUUUUCACGUUAUUGUUUUUUUUAAAUUGGUUUUCUACAUUUAUACAUUAAUUUAUCAACACAUAUUGUUGAUAACUUCAAACAUGUAUGAUUUACAUUAGCAUUUGUG